AUGCGCACGACAAUGAACUUCACCCUCCUGUCAGCUAUACUCUGGAUCCUCAGUUGGAUCUCUGUCUCACGUUGUGAAUUUCACGUUGUGGAGGUCCAGACCGGUGAAGAGGUCACGCUGCUGUGUACCAACUACGCCAGUUCCCUCUCUCACAUAUCAUGGUUCAGACUGGAGAACGGAUCCAACACCAGCCUCAUCUCCUCCAUGCUCUCCUAUGAUACAGUUGCAUCGUACUUCGAUGGGUUUGAAGAAGAAAAGUUCAUCAUGACGUCCAACGUCAGUAACGUCUUUCUCCAAAUCAAACAAGUGGAUUUAUCUGACUCUGGACUCUAUAUAUGUGGCUAUAAGGUGGGCACCAACAGAAAAUUCCCAGCAGUUUACAGUGCAACGUAUUUAAAGGUUAAAGAAAAGUCUGAUGAACAAGCAAAUCUGACCAUCGAGAUCCUCAUGGGCGGUCUGAUUAUCGUCCUCAUUAUAAUCAUCAUCGCUCUGGUUUUUAAAAUCUGGAGACUUCAUACAGCACAUAAAGAGGCACAGGAUCCACAAGACAUCAUUGAAUACUUCCAUUUACAGAAUGGGGGCUCUGAUGACCUGAACUACGCAGGACUGAGUUUCCUUCAAAGAGCAGAGCGGAGCAGAAGGCCGGCUAGAGAGAGAGAGCCGGAGCCUAAUGUUGUCUACGCCACCACCAUGCACUCAAGAAACCACCGGAACUGA